AUUUCUUAUGUCUUAACCAAACGUACUAAGUUUAGUAGCUCAAUUUUAAUAUUUUCUACAAUAAUACAAGCACCUCUGAAAAUCAUAAUUCACUAGCCAGUAGUUAAAAUAUCACGUGAUCAAUUAUGUUUACUUCACUGAUACGAAGUCAAUGACGCAAAUGCUAGAUGUCUUGAACAUAUACGCAUGUUUAAAUUGUUUAGUUAGGUUAUGAAGUAUGUAAAAUGUUUGCUUAAAACAUUUUUACUUUAGCAUCAUUUAGAAAGUGACUUCCAAUACGUUUGAGUAAUACUUCAAUGAUGAGUUCCGAUCAUAUGCAUAGACGAUGGAGUAAUUUACGAAAAGUAUUAGAAAGAUCUGGUCCCUUCUGCAGACCGGAUUUCGAACCAUCGACAGAAACAUUGCAAUUCUUGUUAGACAAUUGUAAGAUUCUCGUCAUUGGAGCCGGUGGUCUAGGAUGUGAAUUACUUAAAGAUUUAGGAUUGAUGGGCUUUAGACAAAUUCAUGUAAUAGAUAUGGACACGAUUGAAUUGUCUAACCUUAAUCGGCAAUUUCUCUUCCGUCAUAAAGAUAUCGGUUCGUCAAAAGCAGAAGUAGCUGCGAAGUUUAUUAACACUAAAAUACCAGGCUGCAAUGUUAUAUCACAUUGUUGCAAAAUACAGGAUAAAACUGAAGAUUUUUAUAGACAAUUUCAUAUUGUCAUUUGCGGUCUAGACUCAAUAAUUGCAAGAAGGUGGAUCAAUGGUAUGCUCUUGUCCUUAUUAGUUUAUGAAGAUGGAGAACUUGAUCGGUCCAGUGUAAUACCAAUGAUUGACGGAGGAACAGAAGGUUUUAAAGGAAAUGUGAGAGUGAUAUUACCUGGUCUGACUGCUUGUAUUGAAUGUACUUUAGAUUUAUAUCCUCCUCAGGUGACAUAUCCAUUGUGCACAAUAGCAAAUACUCCACGUUUACCAGAACAUUGUAUAGAGUAUGUGAAAGUAAUUCAAUGGCCAAAAGAAAAUCCAUUUGAGUAUGCAAUAGAUGGAGAUGAUCCACAACAUAUAAAUUGGAUUUAUGAAAAGUCUAUCGAGAGGGCAGCUCAAUUUGGAAUACAAGGCUUAACAUAUAGAUUAGUACAAGGUGUAGUUAAAAAUAUCAUACCUGCUGUGGCAUCUACAAAUGCUGUUAUUGCUGCAGCGUGUGCUACUGAAGCAUUUAAACUUGCUAGCAGUUGUAGUGCUUCACUGAAUAAUUACAUGGUACUCAAUGACAUAGAUGGAAUUUAUACUUACACUUAUGAAGCAGAAAAGAAAGAAGAUUGUGUGGCAUGUAGUCAAGUUCCAAAAGAAAUUGAAAUUUAUAGCCCUAAAUUCAAAUUGAAUGAUUUGAUAGAACUUUUGUGUGAAAAACCUGACUUGCAAAUGAAAAAUCCAGGUCUCACAGCGUACAUUAAUGGGAAAAAUAAAACGUUAUAUAUGCAAACUGUAGCGAGUAUCGAAGAAAGAACUCGUGAAAAUCUAACAAAAACGCUGGUCGAACUUGGGCUUAGAAAUGGCAGUGAGAUAAAUGUCGCUGAUAUUACUACCCCUAGUGCGAUUGUGUUAAAAUUAAAAUUUGUAUAUUGUAAUUCAGAUAUGUGAUAAUCAGAAAAUCCUUCAUUUCGUUUAUAAAUUUAUAACUACAAAUCAUUAUAUAUAUUUACAGUACUUAUAUUGCUUUCCUUGUCAUUAUUUAAAAAAUAAUGUCGACGUUCUUAUCGAAAUAAUAAAAACAAAAACGUCUUCGAUGUAAUGUCAUUUUUUUACCGAAUUUAUAAAUAGAUAUCACACGAUAACAUUACUUUG